CCCUUCGUGCGUGACUGUGCGUAUGACGUCAUCACCCUUAGUAACCCUCCGCGGCUGGCGUCUCCACGACACAAGACAACAAGAUGGGAUUGCUGUCAAUCCUCCGCAAGCUGAAGAGCACACCUGACCAGGAGGUGCGGAUACUGCUGCUGGGGCUGGACAACGGCGGCAAGACCACCCUGCUAAAGCAGCUGGCCUCCGAGGACAUCAGCCACAUCACCCCCACCCAGGGGUUCAACAUCAAGAGCGUCCAGUCUCAGGGCUUCAAGCUCAACGUUUGGGACAUCGGGGGUCAGAGGAAGAUCAGGCCGUACUGGAGGAACUACUUUGAGAACACUGACAUGCUCAUUUACGUCAUCGACAGCGCCGACAGGAAGAGGUUUGAGGAGACGGGUCAGGAACUGGCCGAGUUAUUGGACGAGCAGAAGCUAAGCGGCGUCCCCGUGCUCAUCUUCGCCAACAAGCAGGACCUGCUGACAGCCGCCCCCGCUGCCGAGAUCGCAGAGGGCCUCAACCUGCACACCAUCCGCGACCGUAUCUGGCAAAUCCAGUCCUGCUCCGCCCUCACCGGCGAGGGCAUCCAGGAGGGCAUGAAUUGGGUGUGCAAGAGCGUCAACUCCAAGAAAAAGUAGCUUUUUUUUUUUUCUUCUUCCUCUUUUUAGCUGAACGGCAGCAGCAGCAGCACACGACGACAUCGACACACACACCCACCCUUCUGAGCCUUAAUACAACGGGAUAAACUUGUGAAUGUACACACACUACUAAUCCAACAUGGAGUUUUUAAGCUAACAGCUACAUCUCCCGGGUGUUUUUACACUGGUUUUCAUCACGCCAUCGCCAUCGUGGACUCUCCUAACGUACCAGCAGCACUAACUCUUUGGAAUCCCACUAUGAUGAGGUCAAAGUGUGUUGUUGUUUAAAAAAAAAAAAAAAACAAGGCUCUGCUUGAAGUGAGGUAUAUUUUUGUAAGUGUGUUAUUUAUGAUAGAGCGCUUUCACACACCCUCGCCCCUUAACAGUUAUACUGUACAUGUUAUGUAUAAAUGAUCGAUUAGAGGAAUGGCAUUUUUAAUCCACUGUAAAUAGCGUUAGCCUGCUGUGCUUUCAUUGUGACACACGAUGCACAUUUUUGGAAUAUUUGCAUAUCUUAAGGUUAAUGUUUGUUUUUGUUUUCUUUUGAUAUACUCCAUAGUCAUCUGUCCAGACCUGAAGGUACAGUAUGUGAAUAAAAACCCCAAGCAGAAUGGAGCGUUUGCAGCGUUUUAAUGCUCACCGGCGGGUGGGAGCAGGUGUCAGCGGCAGCCCCCGCGUCAAGAGGCCUCUGUGGGCGACAGCUGCCCGUCCCGAGUUCACUAGAAGCGAGGAAAGACGAGCACAAAAUGUAUCAAAAUCCAUGCCGUGCUUUUGUUUCACAUAGUGCAGGUCAUAUGUAGACUUAGAGUGUGGGAAGGGCCCUUCAUCCGCCUCAUCUUUCGGGAACAAGGAUUCCCUUUGUGUCGGCCUCACGCACUACUUAGCAUGCUAAUAAAUGCUGGGACAAGAUAGCUGCUCGAAGCUUAGCUAUAGGCUAGUAGUUCGCUGCUCGGCUAGCAUGUUGCUAAUAGUGUUAAAAUGUAAUUUUCUAUUAUAAAAAGUACAUUAAAAACGAGUUAAUAAAUGGGUUAAAACCAAUCUGACUUAAUUCAGUGAAAAUUAGUUUUUUUUUACACUAUAAUGUUGAUGUAUUAUCGUGCUGC